AUGGUUUCCAAAAGAAAACUGUCAAAAUCUGAAGGUAACGAAAAUGCAAUAGAAGAUGCCUCCAAAGCCAAGAAGCUACUGCUUUCCAAAAAGAUAAAGAAAUCACAGGUUCAUAUUGAAGUUGAAGAAGAUGGCAAUGUAUUUAUAGAGCUGCUUAAGACAUCGGGAAUUACACUUAAAACAGGAGAGAGUCAGAAUCAGCUAGCUGUUGAUCAGAUAGUUUUCCAGAAGAAGCUUUUGCAGGCCCUGCGGAGACAUCCUUCCUACCCUCAAAUAAUAGAAGAAUUCGUUAGUGGCCUGGAGUCUUACAUUGAGGACCAAAGCCAUUUCAGGAGCUGCCUUUUGUCUUGUGAGCGGCUGCAAGAUGAGGAAGCCAGCAUGGGCACACCUUACUCCAAGAGUCUCAUCAAGCUGCUCCUGGGGAUUGAUAUAUUACAGCCUGCCAUUAUCAAAACUUUACUUGAAAAGUUGCCAGCAUUUCUUUUUGAAAACAAGCACAGUGAUGGUAUCAGCAUGCCUCGACUCAUUAUCAAUCAGCUGAAGUGGCUGGACAGAAUUGUGGAUAGCAAGGACCUCACCACUAAGAUCAUGCAGCUGAUCAGCGUUGCUCCUGGGGCUCUACAACACGACUUCAUCAUCAGCCUACCUGAGAUUCUUGGGGAUUCCCAGCACGCUGAUGUGGGAAGAGAACUCAGUGACCUUCUGCUGGAGAAUACGCCACUCACAGUUCCAAUCCUGGAUGUUCUCUCCAGCCUCCAGCUUGAUCCAAAGCUCUUGUCUAAGGUCCGCCGAUUGGUGAUGGGUAAGCUAUCAGCUGUCAAAUUAGAAGAAUUGCCUGUGAUACUCAAAUUCAUUCUUCAUGACCUAACAGCCACAGAUGCUAUUCAGGUAAUUUCUGAGCUUCGGGAACAGUUGGAUCUGCAGCAUUGUGUUUUGCCAUCGCGGUUGCAGGCUUCCCAAAGCAAGUUGAAAAGUAGUGGACGAACAAGUUCUUCAGGAAAUCAAGAGAACAGCAAUCAGAACUAUGUCCUUCUCCUCUUUGAUGUCAUAAAAUCAGCUGUUAGAUACGAAAAAACCAUAUCCGAGGCAUGGAUUAAGGUGAUUGAGAACAUUUCCUCAGUGUCUGAACACAAGAUUUUAGACAUGGUGAUGCUUCUCAUCAUGUAUAGCACGAACACUCAGACAAAGAAGUCCAUUGAAAGAGUGCUAAGAAACAAAGUUCGGUCAGGCUGCAUUCAAGAGCAGCUGCUGCAGAGUACGUUUAGUGCUCACUCUUUGGUUCUUAAGGAUAUUUGUCCAUCCAUCCUGUUGCUGGCUCAGAAUUUAUUGCACUCCCUAGACCAAAGUGUCAAUUCUUUUGGCAGUUUCCUAUACAAAUAUGCAUUUAAAUUUUUUGACACUUACUGCCAGCAGGAAGUGGUUGGAGCCCUAGUGGCCCAUAUCUGCAGUGGCAAUAACACCGAAGUUGAUACUGCAUUGGAUGUCCUCCUGGAGUUGGUAGUUAUAAACCUCGCUGCUAUGCGACUGAAUGUUGUCUUUGUGAAGGGCAUCUUAGAUUAUCUGGAUAAUUUGUCUCCUCAACAAAUACGGAAACUCUUCCAUAUUCUCAGCACACUGGCAUUCAGCAAAGAACAAGAAGCUAGUGGUCACAUCCAGGAUGAUAUGCAUCUGGUGAUAAGGAAGCAGCUGUCUAGCACAGUAUUGAGAUACAAAUUUAUCGGAAUUAUUGGUGCUGUCACCAUGGCUGGUGUCAUGGCAGCAAACAGUGGCUCUUCCAGUGUGACCCAGAAGGAAGCAAAACUAAGCAGUGAGGAUUGCACUCAGGUCACCUCCUUGCUGCAGCUGGUUCACUCCUGCUGUGAGCAGUCUCCUCAGGCCUCCACACUUUAUUUUGAUGAAUUUGCCAACCUGAUCCAAGGAGGAAAACUGGAUCCAAAAACCCUGGAAUGGGCUGGACAGACCAUCCUUAGCAAUUUCCAAGAUGCCUUUGUGGUAGACCUCUGUGCCAUUCCAGAAGGUGACUAUCAGUUUCCUGUGAAAGCUCUCUACGGACUGGAAGAAUACAGCAGUCAGGAUGGAAUUGCCAUUAACCUGCUGCCACUGUUGUUCUCUCAGGACUUUGCAGAAGAUGGGAGUAGGAUGACUUCACACAAAUCAGGCCAAAAAUUGCUCUCUCCAUUGUGCCUGGCUUCCUACUUCCGAUUACUGAGACUGUGCAUUGAGAGACAACAUGACGGGAACUUGGAGGAGAUUGAUGGCUUACUAGACUGUCCUGUAUUCCUCACUGACCUGGAACUUGGAGAGAAGCUGGAGUCCAUGUCUGUUAGAAAGCAUGAGUUCAUAUGUUCACUUAUAUUUCUUACUCUCAACUGGCUCCGAGAGAUUGUGAAUGCUUUCUGCCAGCAAGCUUCACCAGAGAUGAAAGGGAAGGUGCUUAUGCGGUUAAAGCACAUCACAGAACUGCAGACGAUUCUGGAAAGGUAUUUGGCAGUCACCCAGGACUAUGUUCCUCCUUUUGCGAACUUUGACUUGGAAACUUUAGAUACAGUACCUCAUACCAAUACUGCUAUUUCUGCAAAAUUCAGAACAAUAAGAAAGAAAAAAGGAGUAAAACGAAAAGCAGAUGGCAGCAAAAUGUCCUCCUCUGACACACUUUCAAAGGAAGAUAUAUCGGAAUGUGACCCUACGCCAUUGAGUAGAAGCCAGCUGGAAAAGGAAGUCACAAAAAAAGAUGAGGACAAGACAUCUGUGUCACUACAGAAUUACAGGGCUUUUUUCCGAGAGCUGGACAUUGAGGUUUUCUCUAUUCUGCAUUGUGGGCUGGUGACUAAAUUCAUCUUAGAUACUGAGAUGCACACUGAAAGCUUUGGGUACUUGCAGAAUUUCCACCACAGUGUCCCCAAUUUUCAGUGCGCCUUUUAUCUCAUCCGACUCCUGAUGGCCAUUUCUGAGAAAUCUGCAGCUCCUGCUCAGAAGAAAGGAAACAUUGCUUCCCUGGCUAGACGAUUCCUCUGCAGGGUGUGGCCAAGUGGAGAGAAAGGGAAGAGCAGCACUUUCAGCGAGCAGCUCCAGGCUCUGCUCUGCAUCUACCUCGAGCACACAGAUAGUGUGCUGAAGGCCAUAGAGGAGAUUGCAGGUGUGGGUGUCCCAGAACUGAUAAACUCUCCAAAAGAUUCAGCUUCGUCCACAUUCCCUACGCUGACCAGGCACACUUUUGUCGUUUUCUUCCGUGUGAUGAUGGCUGAACUAGAGAAGACAGUGAAAGGUCUCCAGGCCGGCACAGCAGCAGAUCCACCACAGGUGCAUGAGGAAAAGCUCCUCUACUGGAACAUGGCCGUUCGGGACUUCGGUAUCCUCCUCAACUUGAUAAAGGUGUUUGACAGUCGUCCUGUUCUGCAUGUAUGUUUAAAGUAUGGACAUACCUUUGUGGAAGCUUUCCUGAAGCAGUGUAUGCCACUCCUAGACUUCAGUUUCCGAAAACACCGGAUUCACCAGGACAUGGGCCUCACCAAACAUGUGCCUUUGCUCAAAAAGACCCUGGAGCUGUUGGUUUACCGAGUGGAAGCCAUGCUCAUCCUCAACAAUUGCCAAGAGGCUUUCUGGCUGGGCAAUCUCAAAAACAGGGACUUGCAGGGUGAAGAAAUUGUGUCCCAGAAUUCCCAGGAGAGUACGGCAGAUGAGAGUGAAGAUGAUGUAUCAUCCCAGGUUUCCAAGGGCGAAGCACAGGAGGAUGAAGAUGAUGAAGCAAAUGAUGAAGGAAAAGAGCAAGAUAGUGAGGAAAGUGAUGGUGAUUCUGAUUAG